CGCACCUUACUCGGGGACCACACAGUUAGCCAGUAAGAUCCUGGUUGGCAUUCUCACCAGGCUUGUGAUUGGCUGUAAGAGUGUCUGUGGGUUGAGAGGGAGUGUAGACGGUGGCGGCCACCAAGUGUCACGGGGAGCACCACCCACCCACUACACCGUCAGGGUGUCUGCCGUAGUGUGGGUGUCUGGCGGCAGCGCGGUGGCUGCUGGUAGGGGCGUUGUGCUCCCGCUGGCCCCAGCUACCCCUGCUGUAGCUGCUGCUACUUCUGCAGCAGCUGCUGGAGGGCCUAGACUUGGGAGGGACGUGGCGCGCCAGCGGGGCUGGCCUUGAGCGCGGGCCGGUGCGCUGCAUGCAACAAGGCGGGCGGUGGUGCAGUGCAUGUGCGGAGUGGCGGUGUGCACACGGCAGCAGCAGCAGCAGCUGGCCGUCUCGGUGCACCAGCAGACCAGCAGCCGCCUGACCGCGCGGCGUGCGUGCGUGCGUGUGAGUGAGGCCGGCCACCGCGCUACGCUGCCUUCUAACGUAAACACAGGAGGAAGGGGGCAAAUGAUCGUCUUCCUGUCAUUGUGCGAGUGAGCCUUACGGUGCGGUGGUGGCGCCCGCUCCAGUCAGCUAGCAGGAGGCGCUGCUGCAGCUACCACCACCAACACCAACACCUCCAACACCAUCACCUCCAUCACGCAGUCACCACCAGCUAAGCAGCAGGCGUGGUGACCGUGGGCGGGGUGAGGGCGUGUGAGAGGUGGUGACACUGGUGAACGAGGAGGUGGGUGGGUGCCGGGCGGCAGCAGGCAGCCCCCAGCGGGGCACCACUGGCCUCACCCUCCUCACCACCACUCACUUGUUAAACAAGUGAAACAUUUAUAUUUGUGAAGUGAUGUGUUAAUCAUCUCCAUAAUAAAUGUAACUCACGCUUAAGGAGAAAUGUAACCAAUACCUAAUCCCUAUUUAUACGUGACUCAACAGAUCCCAAAGAAUAUUGAGAAACAAAAUAAAGCUAAAAAUGAAUAUCCUACAUUAUCAAACUCACCAAACUUGAGAAAGAAGUGAAACAUAAGCCAUACUACAAUGUCCACGUCAUAUACCGGCGACAUACACCUCAGUGAAUAUAACAAGUAGUGACGGACACAAACAUAACAAGACGACGAGCGAAAAAUUUGGACAGUAAGUUGUGUUUGACAGAGGCUCGUGAUGUUAGAGUGCGCAUCCUUGUGAAGGGCGUGAGAGUGUGGUGCACGGUGUACCGCGUAUCAUUGUCACCAACCACAACUGAUUACGGCAUGUCACUGAUUCUUACCAUCCACCACGUGUCCUGCUUGUCCCUCAGUGUCACUACCACCACGUGUAUCGCAUGUCACUGAGUGUUAUUUAGCAUCAGUGUCAGCACCCACCUCGUGUCCCACCUGUCACUGAGUGUCAGCACCCACCACGUGACCCACCUGUCACUGAGUGUCAGCACCUACCACGUGAUCUAUUUGUCAUUGAAUGUCAGCACCCACCUCGUGUCCCACCUGUCACUGAGUGUCAGCACCCACCUCGUGUCCCACCUGUCACUGAAUAUCAACACCUAACACGAGCCCCACCUGUCACUGAGUGUCAGCACCCACCACGUGACCCACCUGUCACUGAGUGUCAGCACCUACCACGUGACCCACCUGUCACUGAGUGUCAGCACCUACCACGUGACCUAUCUGUCACUGAGUGUCAGCACCCACAUCCUGACCCACCUGUCACUGUCAGCACCUACCACGUGACCUAUCUGUCACUGAGUGUCAGCACCCACCUCCUGACCCACCUGUCACUGAGGGUCAGCACCCACCACGUGUCACGCCUCACACCUUGUGAUAGUUGCCUAAAAUCAGUGAGGCUUAUAACCCUGCUACAACCAUACUUCAUCUUCCAUGCUGGUGUGGUAGAUAAAAUUUUUGAGGAGGGGUGUAGUGUGUGAUGGGUGGUAUAGUGGAUGACGGGUGCAGUGAAGUGUGAGGAGUGUUGUAGUGGGUGAGUAGUGGUGUGGAGGAGCAGAAUGAAGAUAGUGUCAUAGUGUUGCCACAGGCGUGUGUGGUUGUGCCUCCUAGGACGCUCUUCGUGUUGCCUUGCUCCACACUGUGUCCGUGGCACUGCUACUGAACAUUCACCCCCACACUCUCUUCAAGUGCCAACAAACUACCUUGGUACCACCCACGAGGGAAAAGAAUAAUCUAUAAAAUCAUCUUGUGUCUGGUGGAGUGCGUGCGGCCAGGGAGAAGCGGGAGAGUGAGUGGGGCUCGUACGGGAGUGUUGGGCCUCCUGGAGGGAGCAGCACAGCAGGCUCAGACCCCCGCCAGACAGACACGGGCCACCUGAGCGCGCGAGCGAAGAUUGGUGAGGUGAGGAGGUGCAUCUGGUGGCGCUUGAGGGGGACCGUUCCAGUCGUAUCUUCCAGGAGGAGCGCUGCUUCCUGGAGCAGCCAGAGGUGUCAGUGUGUGUCGGGAGCCGCCACACUCCCGCUCCGUCUUCUAGGAAAGCACUUAUGCGCCUUUUGGCUCGUAAUACACAACGAGACGGAGAUGGUUAGCAGACUGCCAUGACAGACGGCCGGGAGCUGCUGGCUGGUGUUGGUGGCUUAAGGUGCUCUUGAACCUUACACCCAUGUUACUAAAGGUGCUACCCAAGGCUCAUCCAGUGUUCCUUGUACACAUGUGUUACGGUACCUUUGUUACUUGAGACUCAUGCAUUGGUCCGUCUAUAUAAGUGUUACGUUGAAUUUGUCAUCUGGGAUCUAUCCAGUGGUCGUUGUAGACUAGUGUUACGUUCAUUUGUGUCCUGAAAUUCAUCCCGUGGUGGUUGUACAUAGGUGUUACAUUAUCAUUGUGAGUGGAGCUAUAUCUUUCUUAGUGUACGUGUCGCGGUGCCUUUGUUACCUGAGACCCAUCCAGUGUUGUAACUGCGCAGGUGUUUUUGUGCCGUUAAUUACUGGAGGAAGAUGCAGUGUGGGUAGCGCACACACACACGUGCUGUGGGAUCAGGUCGCCCCACUGGCUGAUGACUGCGUGACUGAGAGGAUGUCACCGAGUACACGAGUUGGUGGGGACACAGUGUAGUGAGUCGCAGACUGUCACAGUGUGCUCAACUCCUCAACAUCGGCUCUCCAGCGACUUAUCUUCACUUAAGAUAACUUCAAUGACGUAAACGACUCAUCUUCAGUCUAGUGAACUAGCAGAUGGACCUGUGGAAGCCAGCUGUUCGCAAGGCAAAAAAAGUCAGCAGCAGCAGCGGUGGGAGCGACGGCAACGGAGGUGACAAGUGUGACUGGGCGGGAACACUCCCGGACGUGGUGGCCGAUCUCACUCUGGCCGACACCCCAUUCACCCACCACUCUGCCAUGCUCGGCACCCGUGACCAUCACUACCUCGACAUGGGCGACGCCCGCUCACGCCGCCGAGACGCCAGGCCCCCUCCACCACCAGUAACACCUCAGGGUCUGGGGGCUGCCCCCCAGGGACUAGGGGCUGCCCCUACCCAGUCCAUGGUGUCAGGAGGCGGUGCCACUGGAGGAACUACGAGCGGCUGGCGGCACAACCCCCAACAUCCAUGGCCUUCUCAACCUCCUUUAGACCCACCAGGUGGUGUCACAAUGUCUUCUGGUGUGGGCGUGGGUGUAGGGUGUAUUGUUGGUAGUCUUCCCGUUGAGAGUGAGGGAGCGCGGGUGCGCAGUGCUUCCAGUGAGCCCAGAGGACCCGCGGGCAACGGCAGCGAUCGUCGGGUUCGUUGCUCAUCAGCCUCCAGAUCCCGUCAACACCGCCCACGCCCACCCCCGGGGGACCGCCCACCAGGUAACACAAAUGUGCCUCCCACCUCCCUUCCCCCGGGAGGAAGUGGCCACGGUGGUCAGCAGCCAUACUCCCCUCCCGUUGGGUCAUCGCAGCCUGGUGGAGGUGUGGGUAUGGUGGGCGGAGUCCUGGCCCGCCUUGCUGGCUGUUACGAGAAUUUAGAACCAGGACGAGAGCCUGGCGAGGGUGUGGCGUAUGGCUACCAGGUGAGUGACCUGGAGGCCCUACUUACCGAAGCCUCGCCCUCCCGCCCCGCCAACCUGCCAAUGGUCCUGGCUUCCUCCACGCGCCUCCAUAACAUGCGUCGCACGCCUGAGCCGCGCCCACACAACCAGCAGCCUGUUCGACCUUUCUUGCCUCUAGGAAUAAUUGUUAAUGCUGUGUUUAAAACACGGGACUGGUUAUACGUCCGUACAGCGCACGGGGCGGAGGGUUACGUUCCGUACCGAGUGUGUUUACCGCUGGGUAUCUUACCUCCUCCCCGGGAAGGUCACGCUGUGUCGCCUGGUGUGACAGACGUAGGUGGUGGAGGAGUCUGGGAGAGUCGAACUGACAUGUUCCAAGGUGGCAUGGCACAGCUUCCCGGGGCACCUGCGGCACCACCUACCACGGGCGGCAUGGGUGGUGUUGGCACAGAGGCUGGCGGCCAAACCCGCGGAAGGACCCGCGGGCGGCGACGACCACCCUGCAUAGACUCGUCCAACCAGACAGACACCCAAAAGCUGCAACCUGGCCCCCGCAGCCUGUCGGAAACAAGGUCACCGCGAGAGACCCUCGAACCUCCAGCAGUAGCACCUGCGGCAGUAGCUGCCAUUCCUGUUGCCACAUCCCCAGAUGACCAUGUCCUGGUCUAGAUCGUCGUUUGCCAGUCUUGUCAUCUCGCAUCCCACAAGACAGCAUCGUUUCUAAUAUGUCUUUAUACUAAGUGCAGUGACCACUCCGUGGGACUAUGGCAGUGAUUGAUCCUCUGGCGCUACUUAUUAUACUCAUCUAAUAUAAAUUUUUGCUAGUAGUGAGAGGACAAGUUGGUUCUACAGGUGAGUGACCCCUCUGCCUGGCCACUACUGCGCGCACACCUUCCGCCAGUGUAGACAACUCUCUCAGAAAGGCUAAGACAGUGGUGCUGUAAUGGACCACCUCUGACAUGAUAAUGAUGACUGGUGACCAUCUGGAUAUGUCUUUAUAAAUAAUAGCAUCUUUUGCUGUUGAUUAUUAUACCUUUGAACUCGAAGAGAAAAUGCCAGUAUAUUCCUGGUAGUUAUUGCAGUUAAUUUAUAAAACAUAUUUAAUAGAAGAAAAUAUACAAUUGGGCUAAUUAUGUUAAUAAAAAGUUUGUCCGAAUAAAUAUUGUCUAUUGCUGAAACAUGGUUUGAAAACUGUUGUUCUUUGCGGGGUAACAGUAAAAUUUAUGUACAGUAACACUAAGACACUCCAACAAGAUCUGCACCACAUAUGACAGUACACGACACACACACACACACACACCUCAACACUAA